AUAAAGUUUGAAGUUUCUGAAUCUCUGCAAAUCGAUAAUGCUGAUAAUUAUCUUUCACGAGAUUGCAUCAUCAAGAUUUCUAAGUCUCCAGAAGAUAAAAAUGCAAUUCUUGAAGUAGUACAGAAAUGA